AUGACACCAGCGCUCAUUGCAAGUCCGACAGAGAUCCUGCGGGAAAUCUUUGUCCAUAUUGAUCAGGCCGAUCUUCUUGCGCUGAGUCGGACACAUCGCAGCUUACGCCCUGCCAUCGAACCACUGCUUUACUCUUGUGUCAAGUUCACAUGGAGCAAAUCUCAUAAUCCUGCAGUCCCCCAGUUCUUGCGGACCAUUAUACGAAGGCCUGAGCUAGCUGCUUAUGUCAAAGAGCUCAUCCUCGACGGCAAGGAUUUUGAUGCAGAUAUGUGGGCUUACAAGCAUCAAAGCCCCAAGCUUGCAGUGAAAGAGAUUGAUUUACAGCUUCUCAUUGAGUGCGCCACUGGGUUCAAUGUGUCGUAUCGUGACGAAUGGAUUCAGGAGUUACAGAGCGGGACGAUGGACGCGUUCGUCGCCCUUCUUCUCUCUCAACUAUCAACCUUGACAUCCCUCUACCUCGGAGAGAACUUUUGUCGAGAAAGCCGCUGUGUGGGGCAUAUUCUGAGGUCAUCGCUCUGUGAGAAGAGUGAUUCUUUUCACUCCUUCCAGCACCUCCGUGAUGUCUCAACGCUGUAUCCCAGUAUCGGUCUUGACCAACGGCGCUACAGAACGGCGAGGAACACAGCAGAUGUCCUUCCUCUUUUCUAUCUUCCGACUGUCGAGCAAAUAAGAGUCUUUAUUGACAACCCGGUGAUAUUCGAAUGGCCUGCAGUAUUCACCCCUUCAGCGCAGUCUCUUUUAUCGCUCGACUUGACUAUGAUAAGGGAAGGAAAUCUUGGCAAAUUACUUUCCGUCACACCAAAACUCGAAUCACUCAAAUGGGACUGGUACUACCGACCGGAUCUUCGGGAUGAUUCGGUAACAGACAUCAUCAAUCUUGAUCAGCUUGCUGCAGACUUGGCACUUGUCCGCGAGAAUCUUACCUCCUUAAGCAUCACAGCAGGAGCAGACGUCUCACGAGCAGAACCUGCACCUCCAGAAGUAUACUUCAAGGGGCCCUUUAGCGUGUUUUCCGGUCUCGAUAAGUUGAAGACACUGGAGGUCCCCAUUCCAUUCUUGUUUGGAUUCUCUCGGUCGGAUUCUAAUAUCUUGGGACUAGAGAAGUUAUUACCGAAAAGUCUCGAGUGGCUCAGUCUCACCGACCGUCUAUGUUACCAGGAGGAGUGGCAAUGGGAGUGGGAGAUGGAUUAUCUUUUGGACGUGAUUUCAUCUUGGUUCGGGAAGAAGGAACAGUUCACCCCUCGCCUGCGGGGUAUUCGCUUCGUGCUUGAGGUAAUGAGAGUACGGGACUUUGUGCCGGAUAUAAUCCAGAAGUUCAGAGAUGUUGAGCUUCAGGCGGCUCAGGUGGAUAUGAAAUUUGAAAUACUCGAGAGACCACAGCGUAAUGCAUCAGGAUUCUGCCACUAA